CUCCGUUGGAUCGAUGGGCUUGGCGGAGUUUUUUUUGUGCCUUUCUACGCUUUGAGGGCUCUGGGAAGUUGUUCGGCACGGCCUUUUUUCGCACGCAGGUUUUGAUUCUGUCUGGCUCAGGCAGUGGGCAUUCUCGUCUCAUUCAUUUGUCGGUCUUUCUUUGAUCUGUGAGGUGCGGGGCGCAUAGUUAUCUUUAUCAACCCGAUCCAAUGGGUCCGAAAAAGGGAGGAAACUCCUCGAAGCAAAGAGGGAAUGCGGCGGAGGAGGUAGAGGAGACACUGCAGGCUGUUGUCCUUGCGGAUACCUUCGAGACGAGAUUUGAGCCGUUCACCCUUGAUACACCUCGGUGUCUCUUGCCUCUGGCAAACACCCCCUUGAUCGAAUACACGCUUGAGUUCCUUGCCAACGCGGGAGUUGAGGAUGUCUUCCUAUACGGCGGUGCUCACUCCGACCAGCUGGAGAAGUACAUCAAUGCAUCGAAAUGGCGAUCGCUCUCGUCGCCCUUCAAACAGUUGAAUUUCCUAAAAUCCACAUCUACGUCCGUCGGAGAUGUCAUGCGUGAUCUUGACGGGAAGCAUCUUAUCACCGGUGACUUUAUCGUUGUGAGUGGCGAUGUGAUCAGCAACAUGCCGAUUGAAGGCGCCUUGGCCAAGCAUCGUGCUCGUCGGGAGAAAGACAAGAACGCCAUCAUGACGAUGAUCCUGCGGGAAGCCGGCAGAAACCACCGCACGAAGUCCACUUCCGUGUCGCCUGUCUUCGUUGUGGAUCCUACGAAGGACCGCUGCCUUCAUUAUGAGGAGAUCGACCACCAUUCGUCGGAGUCGUCACGUUUGAAUAUCGACUCGGAAAUUAUCCUGACGCACCGGGAGCUUGACAUUCGCCAGGAUCUCAUCGACUGCAACAUCGACAUUUGCACUCCCGACGUGCUGAGCUUGUGGUCCGAUAGUUUCGACUACCAGACCCCGCGAAAGCAGUUCUUGUUCGGUGUUCUGAAGGAUUACGAGCUGAACGGAAAGACGAUCCACACGCAUAUCAUCAAGGACCACUACGCGGCGCGGGUGAGGAAUCUGAAGGCCUACGAUGCUGUGAGCAGGGACGUCAUCUCGAGAUGGGCAUACCCUCUUUGUCCCGACACGAAUCUUCUUGCCGGCCAUACCUACGAUCUGCGGAAGGGGUACCUGUAUCAAGAGCAAGGGGUCACGUUGGCUCGCUCGUGUGUUAUUGGUCGACGGACAGUGAUAGGACAGGGCACGAGCAUAGGAGACAAGUCGACUGUCAAGAACACGGUUCUUGGGCGUAACUGCAAGAUUGGCAAGAAUGUCACGUUGGAUGGUGCCUACAUCUGGGAUGGGGCGGUGAUUGGAGACGGGACGACUAUUCGCCAGGCUGUUCUCGCUGACAACGUGGCUGUGGGCAAAGACUGUAUGAUCGAGUCCGGCGUCCUUCUCUCGUAUGGGGUGAAAAUCGCCGACGGAACUACCGUCAGCGAAGGAAAGCGCAUCACGAAGGCUCCCAGGGAGGAAGACGGAGUUGUGCCGGCCAGUGACCCGGCAGUCGUUGGCAAGGACGGGGAAGGUUACGAAUAUGUCCCUUACGAAGAUGAAGAUGAUUCUGACGACGAAAGCAAUGCUUCGUCUGGCUUGGUUUACAACAUGGCAAACCUUUCUCUCUCCACAGAGUCCAUCUCAACCCUAUCCUCCGAGAUCUCAGACUACGCCGGAUCCCGCACCGGAUACAGUGACUCCGAGGACGAGGACGAGAACGGCGAAAACUUCGUCCACGACGCCGCCGUCAGCGUUUACGACAGUCUGCGGGAAGGCAUCACAUCGGACGUCGUGCAGCUCGAGCUGGUCAGUCUUCGAAUGACCGCCAACGCCUCCGACAACCACGUCCGGCGGGCCGUGUCGUCGGCGUUCAUGCGCCGCAUCCCCGAGCUGAUAGCCGGCGGAAAGAGCGCCAGCGACGCCAUCGCGGACGUCUUCGGCAAGUACCAGGAGAUCGUGGAGCGGGCGUUGUUCGACCGCGACUCCGACAAGAAACCCGACCAGGUCGACCUCCUCCUUCUCUUGCAGCAGGAGCUAGCGAGCCGCCCGCCCAAGGACUCAUUCUUCGUCGUCCUGUGCAGCGACCUUUACCAGAUGGAGCUUCUUGAGGAAGAAACGUUUGAGCAGUGGUGGGCUGACGAGCGAUCCAGCAGCAGCAACGAGAUGAAGGUGAUCAAGGAGCAGGCGACGAAGUUCAUCCAGUGGUUGGCUACUGCGGACGAGGAGGAGGAUAGUGACGAGGAGAGCGAAGAGGAGAGUGAUGACGAGUAAUCUGUUCUGGGUUAUAGGUAGUGCUGCAUGUAUACGCCAAUAAAGAGCCGCUUGAAUAGGCAUUUGAGAUCAGUUUUGGUGUGAUUGUAGUUGAGUAUUAGUGGGAGUCUGGUGCGGUGCUGCUGCCUUGUUUGCAUGUUAUCUACUGGUCAGACUUUUAUGUUGACGUGCUGGAUAUAAGAUGGG